GAAUGAUAGCAAAGUCUUUUGACUUCUUGCAGGUUGAAGGUCUCGGCGAAUGGUUUCUCUCUCUCUUCUCUCUCUCUCUCUCUGACACUUCACAUGUUCAUGCAGACAAACCGAGACCCACAUCAAAACAAUCAUCCCUACUGCCCACAUGGAAGUGUGAACAAAGACAUUUGCUAAUACGUUGGAUUGUUGUUGUAUUAACCCUUGUUUAUUUAUUACUCCGUACAUCCUCCAUGAAACCUCCUUUCAAUACUAUAACUAACCCACCACACUUUUACCAUCUACAUUCACAUAUCUCUGUCGAAUCCUUAAGAAAUCAACAACACUUAUCUGGAAACUUUGUUCUUUUGUGCUGUAAAACUAUUUGAUUUUUCAACAUUUAUAAACAAGAUUACGGAGCAGGAGUAUCUUAAGAAACCCCCAAAAGACGAAGCUCUUUGGGUACUGUGCUUUUGUUCGCAUUAGCAAAACUUUGUUGUUCUUUGGUGGGUAAUGGUGGAAAGUUAUUGGAUCUGAAGUCUGUUUAGCUGGGUUGUAAGGUUCUUUAGGCCACAUUUUAUGGAACCUUAUCUUGAUUUCUGAUUUAUGAGAUAUGUUUCGAGAUUGCGGGAAUAAAGGGUAAUGAAUCAGUUGUAAAUCUAUGAGAUAGAGAGCGAGAAAUUUUGAAAUUAGGGUUUGGAUUUCUUUUGUUGCCUUCCAACUGUUUGUGGUUUUGUCUGAGAGAAACCCAGAAAAAAGUUGACUUUUGGCUUUCAGUGAUUGAUGAUCUUCUCAUCAUCCUAAUUGAUCGUUGCUUGAAGUUUCUUGGUAUGCUGCAAAGCUUAUAAACAUUGAGAUUAUUUGUUAGAUCAUCUUGCUGAGAAGCUCAAGUAAAGCAUAAAAAUGGCUGCAAAGCUUUUGCAUUCACUAGCAGAUGACAACCCAGAUCUGCAAAAGCAAAUAGGAUGUAUGACCGGUGUCUUUCACAUCUUUGAUCGCCACCAUAUUGUUCCCGGAAGACGCUUUCCCGGCCACAGCCCUAAGAGAUUCCCUCCUGGUUCCCCGCAGUUCGACAAUGGAACCACUGAAAGCGAGUCAAGUAACUCAUACCAGAGACCAUACAUUUCGGAAAAACAUUCAAACAAGACUGUACAAGACAAACACAGGGCAUCAACCGAAUCAUCACGAGACUCUUUCUCAUCAAUGUCUCGAUCAUCUUCUUUCUCUUCUAUAGACUGCAACAUCAAUCGUACUACAACAACACAUCAAGAACCAGAUCAGAUCGUGUUCCCAGAAACCCCUUCAAGAGACACCCCAAGGCCCCAAUCGUGUGGGUCCCGUCAGAGUGUUGACCUUCGGGACGUGGUCAAAGACUCCAUGUACAGAUCACAAACACCUGAACAUAACUAUCGAGAAUUUCAAGAACCAAAUUGGUAUUACAAUGAACCUAGAGAACUUUCAAGAUCAAAAUCUUAUCAAUUUAGAGAUGGGUCUAGUUAUCCAGUACCCAAAGAUUGUCCCCGGUUUUCUUAUGAUGGAAGGGAAACAAAUCGUUUAUUGUUUCAAUCAAAAACCAUGAAUUCAAAUUCAAAGCAAGUGGAAGAUCUUCCAAGACUUUCUUUAGAUAGUAGAGAGAGUUCAACACGUAGUCUCAAUACAGUUUCAAGAAACCCAACACCUAGUGUUGUAGCCAAGUUGAUGGGCUUGGAUACUUUGCCUGAUUCCGGUUCCGGUUCUGGUUCCGGUUCCACCAAAGAAUUGGGCUUGGGCCCGAUUAGAACAACCCCAGUUGAGUCUUUAAAAGGAAGUGAUCAUUUCGGGCCUAUAAAAAUGCAAAAUUUUUCAAGAAACACAUUGAAAGAACCAACAUCACCAUUAUGGAAGAAUGCUGACAUGAAACCGAGUUCAAGAUUCCCGAUGGAACCGGCUCCAUGGAAGCAACGAGAUGGUGGGGCCCGGAGUCCUCAGAGGCCCGGUUCUCGUGUGAUGAAAUCACCAACCAAGAUUCAGAGCCCUUACUCUUCUGUUUAUGGUGAAGUUGAUAAAAGAUUGAAAGAUCUUCAGUUUACACAAUCGGGAAAGGAUCUGAGAGCUCUUAAGCAGAUUCUAGAAGCAAUGCAGUCAAUGGAAUCACGGAAAGAAGGAAAUCAGUCGAUGGAAUCCCGGAAAGAAGGAACACAAGUUAUGGUGAAACGACAUUCUGUUUCCAAUUCCACUCAGAAUGAAAGAUUUUCAGAUCGUGGAAGAUCUCAUUCUCAUCAAAACCCUUAUGAUUCCCCCAUUGUGAUCAUGAAACCAGGAAAGCUUGUUGAAAGAUCUGGUAUGCAUGUUGCAGAAUUCCCCAUUAGUAUUCCUAAAACUACAAGAAGAGAGAAUGGUGGUGGAAGACAUACAAUUACAAAUACAAAGACUCCAACAAAACAACAAAAUUUGGUGAAAGAAAACGCGACAAAUUCCGGGAAGAUUUCCGGGUCUAUCAGCCCGAGGUUACAACAGAAAAGGGCUGAGUUAGAGCGGCGAUCUCGGCCGCCAACACCUCCGGUGGCGGAUUCCGGUAAGUUAAAGAAACAGUUGACCAGACAGCUGUCGGAUACUACUUCACCUGGUGGAAGAAGGAGGCCGAAAUAUUCAAACAUUCAACAAAGUGAUGAUCAGUACCAUGGUCAAAUGUCUCAAGAAGUGGUCAACACUCCUGAAUUUUCUCAACAAAUUGAUAACAUGCAGAGUCCUAGCUCAAUACAAGAGAAAUCGAGUUUGAUCCAGAGGGAGGAUGAAUCACAUGAUCCAGAAUAUCCAAGUCCGGUUUCUGUUCUUGAUGAUGCUGUUUAUAUGGAUGAUUCUCCUUCUCCUGUCAAACAUAUGCUCAAGACUUUGAAAGAUGAUGCUACUACUCAAGCACCUAAUGAGAAGUUCAUGAAGAAUAAAUGGGAACAACAACCGGACAAUAAUACCCUUCCAGACAUAAUAUGUUCUUCAGAGAUCUUGUUAGCUUCUGGGCUCCUUCUAAGAGACCUCAAAACUUUCCAGUUUCACUCUUCUGGACACCCGAUUAACCCCGAGUUAUUUCUAGUAUUGGAACAAACCAAAUUUAGCAAUCUACCAAAAGACAAUUGUACCCCGGAAAAGCUUCUCAAAAAGGAAAAACUCCAUAGGAAGCUUAUCUUUGAUACUGUGAAUGAAGUUCUUACAGGGAAAUUCGGGUUGUUAGUUCCUUGUGCUUCUUUUAAGAUUGUGAAGAAGACAUUGAAUGCUCAGAAGCUUUUGAGGGAUUUGUGUUUGGAGAUAGAAGAGUUGCAGGUGAGAAAGAAGAGAGAAGAUGUGAGUUUGGAGGAGGAAGAUGAUGGUUUUAAGAGUAUUAUGUGGGAGGAGGUGUUGAAUAAGGCAGAAAGUUGGACAGAUUAUGAUGGUGAAUUGCCUGUUAUUGCUUUGGAAGUUGAAAGAUUGAUUUUUAAGGAUUUGGUGAAUGAAGUUGUUUUGGGGGAGGCUGCUGAUGGUAGAAGAAUAAAGCCUGGAAGACGUUGCAGACAGUUGUUUUCAAAGUAG